UUUUUUUUUACAGCAAAGCCAAUUCUUUCCUGCGUGCACACAUUUUUUACGGAAAAGGCGUUACCAGAUAAAAGUGAAAGUAAGAUUAUAAUGUAUAGGAACAACAGGUGCGGUCGCCUUUCAUUGUAUAGGCUACUUGUGUCAGAAUGUAGAGGACUGUUCUGCAGUUUUAUCCGAUGCAAAGUGAUUGUUCUCGUUAUUUUACCCUGACUUCGGUUGAAGAGCACGGACAUCUGGACAUGAUCCUUGAAAAACUGAGAACUCCACAAUGGAUGCUGAAGAAUGCAGUCCUUCACCAGAGUCUGAAAAAGUUGCCGCCUUGCUGAAAGACAUCAGUGAACUUAGACGAAGGGGCAAGAAAAGGGAAGCCACUGAAGUGCAGGAUAAAGAGAAAGAGAUUCAAAGCCUCUUGAGAGUGCCUGAAAACAAGUGGCCCCCUUUAGAAAGAACAAUUUGCGAACUGGAAGACUUUGUUCAGAAAUUUGUGAUGGAGAACGAAGCUUCUGCACCAUUCAGAGUGGCAAAUCAGAGUGGCUCCGAUGUAAUCCGGAAUGCAUCAGGGGGAUUGGCCCUAAGAGGGAUUUUCUUAAGCAAGGACACUCAGGUGCUGUCUAAAGAACGAAAAAAGGUUCUGGAAGUACCCGAGAAUGUGGAACUCACCAGCGCAAGCAAGCCUCCGCAGGACUUGAUAGUUAACUUUGAGAGUCUCGAGGAGGAGCAAAAUUUCCAGCAGUGCGUACACAGAACGGGACUCAACAUUUCUGGAGGAAUCUCAGCCAAUGUGUGGGGCCAUGCGGUUAAAAUCAAAGCAGGACAUGACUCAUCACAGCACUCAGAUGAAAGUAUGUCAUCAAGAGGAGAAACAGAAUAUGCCUCCGUCACAAAGUACUCAUCAGUCCCGAUGGCGAGCUGUGAUUUACACCCCAGGUGUCUCAGAUUAUCUCCGUUGGCACUGGACAGUCUCAAGCAGCUUCAGAAUACCCUGAGGUAUGAAUGUUCCGAUGAAAGCAAACACCGCCGAUGUGCAGACUUUCUUUAUUCCUAUGGGUCACAUGUAAACUGCGGUACUAUUGUCUUUGGGGGUAUUUUUGAAAUGAAAGCAGAGACAUCCAAGUACAAAAGGAGUGAGAAGAGCAACAUCUUUCAAAUGUUGAGCGAUGUGUUGCGAAUGUCUGCGAGUGUGACUGGAAUAGUGACAUUCAAAACGGACUUUACAGCAAUGUCUUCAUCUUGUACUCAAGGUAACAGCUAUGCUUCAGAGCAACAGAAAAAGACCACAGUGUCAAUUCAAAAAUUGGGUGGUCUUUCGACAGCAUCAGACCAAACUGAGUGGAAGAAAAGUUUGCUAUCACAACCAGAAACAUGGCAUGUGAUUGACAGGGGUUCCCUUGAUGAAUUACUACCAGUUUGGGAAAUAUUGCAAAAUCAUGUAAAUGACCUUGAGGACAGUGAACUGCUUGCUCAGAACUUGAGGAAGUGCUGGGAAAAGGAGACAAAUCUUUUAAACCAGUAUCCAGAUGACAACCUGGUAUAUCCCUUAAAGGAAAUUGAGAAGAAAAUAGCAAGUAUCCAAAUCUGGAACAGCCAAUCACAGGACACAUUUCUCAAAAACUGUGAGAAAUAUGUGAGUGAAUGCCAACAUCUGAAAUUAUCCCUCAUGUGCCCAAAAUUAAUGUGGUAUGAAAAAUUUCUCUGUAACACAGAGGUACAGCGCUUUAUCGUAAGUGCUACACAAUGCAUUGAUCAGUGUGAAAAUAAAACAUAUCUCACAGUGAUGACAUCCAGCUUACUUGAACCUGUUAACCUUAUUCAAGUCAAUAAAUUCCCAACCAUUGCUCAAAUUCUUUGCAAACUCGAUGCCUGUGAAGAAGAGGUGAAACUUGCGUGCAUCACAUUGGAAGGUGCAAUGGAAAGUGUGAGGAAGACAAAGAUUGACUUUCUGAAGCUUGGACCUGAGGACACUGAAAGAACUUGGCAACUAUGCUUACAUCUGUACAGGACAAUUGGUGCACUACAGCGAAACCUCAAAGAAAAAGAGAAGUAUGCUGAUGCUUUGGUGACUGGGAUUCUCAUUCUACCAUUUAAUGGACCGCAAGAGAACUCAAAAUAUUCGCUGACUAAAAAAGACCUGGAGUCUCUCCUCUGUCAAAUGGAAAAGAUUGAGAAUAUCUUGGAAAUCCUGUACAAUUUGAAUGACACACAACGUCAAGCCUUUCUGAUUUAUGAGACUUUGAAAGGUUUCAGGGAAACCGGUUGGGCAGAGAAAGACUGCACCACUGGAGUCAAAAUCAUAUGCAAUAAGUUAGGAAAAGAGAUCUCUCCAAAAAUUAAGAGGGUGGGUCUUACUGAACAUGGCAAUGUCAAACAUGACCUUGAAUCCCUUGAAGAAGAACUGUUUUUCUUGUACAAAAAUGAGCUUCCUAUUGGUACCAGAAAAGCAACUGAACAAAAACAAGAACUUGUACAGUUCUUAAAUUCCUUGGAUCAGGCAAAGUGUACAGGUGCUGAAUGUCAGUCCAGUAAAGGGAACAGUGACCCUGCAAAACCAGAACUACUGCAACAGCUUGGAAUGAAUAAAUACUACCCUGGAAAACUUUCACUUUGUGACGUAUUGGAUCUCAGAACAGAUUCUCUUACGGAUCAAUUAGGAACUGAAACUAACAGUAUCAUCUGGAGCUUUGUUCAAAAACUGCUAAUGGCUAAUUCAAUGGCACGAAAAGCAGAAAUGCCCCCAGGAAAAGAUGUUAAUACAGAGACUGAGCUGAGACAGGCUGAAGAAUCAGAGCUUCUGGAUGUUGAUCAAUUAUUUAAGAAUGAAGAACAGUGCACAGACAUCUCCUUUCACCCUCUUGACAUCACUGUCAUUACACUUCUCUGCUCAGACCAAUUGUUGCAGCAAGAGAUUAUGUCUAAAAUGGCAAUGUGCCAGUUUGCGGUCCCACUUCUGUUGCCAAAAACCUUUAGACAAGAAGUUUCUUUCCUUCUGUGGGCACUGCGAAGCAUUGUAAAAAAAUGGACACCACAAUCACUAAUUCCAAGAAAAGGAUUCAUUGAGGAUAAUAUGGUUGUCAUCAAAAUGCCAACAGUGUCAUUUGUACGUCUUGGGAACUGUAAAGAAUCAAAGUCAAAGAUCCUCAAUGAGGUUCUGAGCGAUGGUCAUCUUAGUUUCUUUGUUAAUCGACAUAUGGAGCAAGGUGACAUAAAAAGAAAAAUGUCAGAUGGAGUGGCAGAAAUUUGCUGGUACCUUCCCAGUGGCAAUACUACAUUGGAUGCAUUCUCUGAGGCAUUUUCUGUGAUCAACCUUCGUGGCGAUGCUUUCCAGUAUAGUACCCAACUAUGCGUUUUAGCAGAAGUAUCUUCAGCCAUAUUCAUAUUUGUUGACAAAAUUGGUGAAGAGGAAAAAGAAUUCAUCACAUCACACUCAAGCUCUUCAAGAUCCAAGCUUUUUCUUGUAAUGAACAUCUCAAAGAGUGAUAGACCCGAAACAUCAAAGAAUCUGAAAAGUCUGAUUGAACUGUUACAACUGAAGAAGGAUCAAUUUGUUCAGUUUGGAAAAUCAAGCACAGACAUCUUAAAGCAGCUCCGUGAAAGAAUUACUAAUGAAGUAAUGCAGUCAAUGAAAACACAGGAAAUGCUUUUUAGCUUAGAAGAAAUGGCUGAUGUUGCUAGAAAGCAUGGAAUUUUUGUAGAUGAAGAUGAAGACCACUUAAAGAAGGUCAAAGCAACUGUGAAAGAAAUGAUGGAAAUAUUGGAUGAGCAAAGUGUAACAGAUUUCAAGAAAGAUAAUCUGCAUUAUCAGGGACAGCAGUGGAAAACAUGGUCUAAGGUUGACAAGGAACAGUCUCGCUUGAAACAUCGUGGAGCAGAACCUUUUGGCCAAUACAUUGAUGACUUAGAAGUAAAAAAGAAAAGACUUAGAGAAAAACAACUUGGAUCUAAAGUCUCACCAUUUAUGACUAAGUUCAUUGAGCAGAUACACAGCCAAGACGAUUCCAAAAUGUUCUUCAUACAGUGGCUGAAACUUGAAAUUGACUCCAGGUCAAGGAAAAAUCUGAAAAAGUUGCACAGUGAUUAUAUGAAUCUCUGUGACAAUGCUAAACUAUCCAGCAAGGACGACACACUGAAAAACAUUGACAAGAAGAUCUCAGAAAGCUCAUUAGGGCUAGAGCACUUGCUGCGUGAAGUCGGCCAAAUUUAUGAAGCAACAACAAGUUACAGCACACCGCAAGAGAGAAGCCACUAUCAACAAUUGCCACGGCACGCAGCUCAGCUGUUGUUGGGUGGAGUGCCUUUGGAAUUGAUUGAUGGCGAUGCCUCUAACAUUCCUCUGCAGUGGAUCGCAAAUGUCCUUGAGGAAAUUGUCAGCAUUGUUGGCAGAGAAAGCCGAAUGUUGGUUGUGACGGUUUUGGGUAUACAAAGUACUGGAAAAUCCACCCUUUUAAACACCAUGUUUGGCCUGCAAUUUGCAGUAAGCAGUGGCCGCUGCACACGUGGGGCAUUCAUGCAGCUCCUUGGGGUCAAAGGUGACUUAAAGAAAAAACUGAGGUGUGACUUUGUGAUGGUGAUUGACACAGAAGGCCUAAAAGCACAAGAACUGGCCCAGCUGGAUUGCAGCUAUGAGCAUGAUAACGAACUGGCAACUUUGGUAACUGGCCUGAGCGACCUGACCUUGGUGAACGUGCCCACAGAAAACUCCACAGAUAUGAAAGAUGUGUUGCAAAUUGUUGUUCAUGCCUUCAUUCGCAUGAAAGAAGUUGGGAAACGACCGAAUUGUCAGUUCAUUCAUCAGAAUUCGGGAGAUAUUGCAGCUCAUGAGAAGAAUGUCAGGGACAGGAUGUACUUCCUUGAUCAACUCAAUGAAAUGACAAAAGUUGCAGCAAGGAUGGAGGAAAGAGAAAGGGACUACUCUUCGUUUGGGGAUGUGUUGGAAUAUGACUCGUCGAAAAGUAAUUGGUACAUUGGUAGCCUUUGGCAUGGGAAUCCACCCAUGGCAGCAGUGAGCACUGGCUACUCCAAGAACAUCCUUGACCUAAAAAAGCACAUCUUUGACUGCCUUGAACAGCGCCAGCAAAAACCUGGCACCAUCCACGACUUUGGUGAGUGGCUGAAAAACAUCUGGACAGCAGUGAAAAAGGAGAACUUCAUAUUCAGUUUCAAGAAUUCUUUGGUUGCUGAGGCCUACAAUCAGCUUUCUCUCCAGUACUGUGACUGGGAAUGGGAGCUAAGGGAAUUCGCAAUGUCAUGGACUCAGGAGUCUGAGAACAAAAUAAAAAACUCACAAACCGACCUCUGUAACUUGGUUUCAGAUCUUGAAUGUGACUUAAAUGCAAAGGUCAAUGAAAAGAUUGCUUCCUGCAUAGAGAAACUCAAUGGUUAUUUCAGUAGUGGAAAAGAUAAUGUUCACUUGGUUGAGGGAUACAAGGCAGAGUUUCAUCUUGGCUUACAGGCAUUGAGCAAGGAGCUAAGGAAUAGCCCAAUAAGCAAAUGUACUGAUACUGUUUCAAGACAGAAAGGGUUGCAAAAAUUGACCCAAAUUCAAAGAGGUUAUCAACAGCAGAUUGAGACUGAAGUGAAUAGCCUCUUAAUGUCCUGUAAAAAACAGAAAAGGGCAUUGGAAGAAAAUGAGCUGGAACAUGCAUUUGAAGACAUGUGGCGUAAGGUCAUAUCCACAUUUCCAAAUUCAUUCUCUGAGAGGAGAAAUAUUGCUUGUGACAUGCAGAAUGCACUCUUCAAGACCUUGCAGGCACACUCACACUUAAUUCCAGAAAACCUGAACCUGAUCAAGGAGGACCAUCUAAGUACAUUCAGUCUGAAACACAUCCACAUGCACUUCAAAUCAUACUGGAAGGGAAAAGCACCAGAAAAAGUUAAAAACUAUUUAAAUGUCAUGGACUUGCCAGAACAAACACAGAAAAUAUUUGUCUACAACAUCCAAAAGAUUAUUGGAGACAAAGUAAAAGAAAACAUAAAUUAUGACCAAAACUUCUGCCUGGAAAUACUGAGAGAAAUCGAUUUACUUUUAAAAAAUCAUGAAAAUGAUUCUUUCAAAUUCACAGACAAUUUCAGGACAGAUUUCAAACUGCAUGUCAGUGGGCAUGCAGUGAAACAAUUUGAGGAAAUGCAGGACAGGUUUUACAAAGAGAAUGACCUUGUGGAAAAACUAGGAAGACAGAAAGGGACAUAUCUUGAAAUUUUCAUAGACACCUACUGCACACGGGACCAGACCCACAAAAAAGCAGAAAUGUUUUGUGAAGGUUCUUUGAAGCCAGCAAUCGUGGAGUGUGUUAAAUCAAAGCUUGGGGCAGCAUUGCUGGAAGACCUGAGGUGCAACAGGAAAUCCCUUGCACUUUCCACAAGUAAGUUCUUCCAUGCCUCUCUUUUAGUGAAUCUAAUGAAAGCUGAUGAUUUCACUGAGUACUACCGUUACAUCAAUCAUUACGAAGACUACGCAACUGAAUGGGUGAAAAAAUGUGUUUUAAAACAUUGUGUGGAUCAGACAGAUGAGGGGGAAACAAGAAUAGUGGGACUUGCCUGUCACAUUUUGAAACAAUUAUCAUACACAGCUAAGGAAGUGAUCAAAGAUGCAGCGACUUGCACCAAUUCAAAUAAGAUUUCUGACUUUAUCAAAGCAUUUGUGAAUAAAAUGGACAGGGACCUUGUGAUCCCCGCUGACAAUCUGGAUCUAAUUGCUUUCCAAAGUGGGAACCUGAAAGAUUUUGCAGAUGCAGUUCUCACCGGUGUUGAUGAUCUUGAGAAGGCCAUUGAAGAGGAAAUUGGCAAAUGGGAUGUGGAAAAAUCCAUCAGUGAACUUCCCACCAAACCCACAGAGGAGCUCAUCAAGUCUUUGCUCAACUGCAAGAAGCAGUGCCCUUUUUGUGGAGUACCAUGUGAACGAGCGGGCCUGAACCACUCAGAUCAUUUCUCUGAAUAUCACAUCCCUGAUGGCUUCUCUGGCUAUAAGGACAUUACAUCAGGGAAGCUGUCCGCGGACAUUUGCACUGUUUCUGUGUCAUCCGGGGAGACCUUCAGGAAUGAAGACACAGACUACAAGUAUGUGGCAUACAAAAACUACAAAUCUGUGAACAGCUUCUACAAGUCCUGGCAGAUUCAGCUUGAUUCCAGCUACAAAGCAACAUCCUAUUGGAAGUCUGUGUUUUACAGAUUUAACAAGGACUUCGCAAAGAAAUAUGGUGCAGAGCCAGCUGAUAUUCCUGAAGGAUGGAAUAUCAGCAAGGGGCAAGUGAGGAAAGAUUUGGAGGAAACUUACCAAGUCAGUCUGAAUUCCAUUUUAUAACAGGAAGAAUGGUUGCAAGUCAAGUGUUUUUUUCCUUCAUGUUACAUGUAUGUAUGUACACAUGCAUAUGCACAGAUGAUCAAAGAGGUUUCAUGAUUGAGUAAUUACAUUUUAAUAAUGAGUAUAUUAACAAACUGUAUUGUUUUCUGACACUUAGUAUUUACCUACAGCCAAUCAAGCUGUAAUCACAAUUUUUUUUAAAUGUGUAUUUGUGUCUUACAUGCUCUAUUUUAUUUCUCUAUUUUAUGAUUAAUAUUUCAGUAUUUUGAAUCUUGACAUGAACGUAAUGUAAUAUGAUUAUGUACUCAAAGCAAUCAACACAACACCAGUGUAUGGUAAUGCACUUUGAAACUGUAAUUGAAAUACAGAAACUGUGCUAAUAUUAUGCACUGUUUGCACUGCAGGGACCUUGAGAGAAUCACAUGGGGAAAACCAAAUUUGAUACAAAUCUCUUUGACUUCACUGCCAUUUUGCAGAUGUUCUUCCCCAUAACAAUUUAAAAUACAAACAAAAGUGCAAAGAUUAGGAAAUGCAGUGAUACAAAGAGCAGUAAUUCUCUAUAGGGGAAAAAAUUCAGUUCCAAAGAAUACAGCAAAUGCAACAAGUGCACUCUGUAGCAUGCCAUAUUAAACAUGAAACUGAAGUUACUGUGAAGUGGAAAACUACCCUAAUGCGCAUAAAGCUGUAUUAAAUAUACAGUACUGGUGUUUAACUGUGUAUCAGGAUUAGGGGAACUUUAUUGCAGUGCUAAAUUGGAGUUGGGUAUCAGCUGAUUCAUAGCAGAUCUGCUAAUCCAGAAUGAUGUUUUAGUGGUUGGUAACUGCAACUACAACUGCGCUCUCUUAUUAAAAUGUAUUGUGGAUAUCAAUGCGAUAUCAAAAACAACACAGGGAAUGAUGCUGUGAGCAGCUGUGGGCUCUAUAGCACUCAAGAUAAAAUCCACAAUAAUGACAUCACAAGUCACUCUCUGUGCUAAAUGUUCCAGCUACCAAGGUACCAAACUUUCUCGAUUUACCCAAGUACAAUUGUGAUUCAGAAACAACAUGAAGCAGUUGUUUGUAUGGCCAUUUAAUGAUCAUUUUCAUUAGAUGGGGGCAGGGGUUGGGAAUUAGCUUUUGACAAUGAACACUUAAUACAACGUAUCUGAUACUUGGUUUUAACAUUGCAACAAUGUUUUUCAUCAAGUCUUUGCUCAACUGCAAGAAGCAGUGCCCUUUUUGUGGAGUACCAUGUGAAUGAGCGGGCCUGAACCACUCAGAUCAUUUCUCUGAAUAUCACAUCCCUGAUGGCUUCUCUGGCUAUAGGGAAGUUACAUCAGGGAAGCUGUCCGCGAACAUUUGCACUGUUUCUGUGUCAUCCGGGGAGACCUUCAAGAAUGAAGACACAGACUACAAGUAUGUGGCAUACAAAAACUACAAAUCUGUGAACAGCUUCUACAAGUCCUGGCAGAUUCAGCUUGAUUCCAGCUACAAAGCAACAUCCUAUUGGAAGUCUGUGUUUUACAGAUUUAACAAGGACUUCGCAAAGAAAUAUGGUGCAGAGCCAGCUGAUAUUCCUGAAGGAUGGAAUAUCAGCAAGGGGCAAGUGAGGAAAGAUUUGGAGGAAACUUACCAAGUCAGUCUGAAUUCCAUUGUAUAACAGGGAGAAUGGUUGCAAGUCAAGUGUUUUUUUCCUUCAUGUUACAUGUAUGUAUGUACACAUGCAUAUGCACAGAUGAUCAAAGAGGUUUCAUGAUUGAGUAAUUACAUUUUAAUAAUGAGUAUAUUAACAAACUGUAUUGUUUUCUGACACUUAGCAUUUACCUACAGCCAAUCAAGCUGUAAUCACAAUUUUUUUUAAAUGUGUAUUUGUGUCUUACAUGCUCCAUUUUAUUUCUCUAUUUUAUGAUUAAUAUUUCAGUAUUUUGAAUCUUGACAUGAACGUAAUGUAAUAUGAUUAUGUACUCAAAGCAAUCAACACAACACCAGUGUAUGGUAAUGCACUUUGAAACUGUAAUUGAAAUACAGAAACUGUGCUAAUAUUAUGCACUGUUUGCACUGCAGGGAUCUUGAGAGAAUCACAUGGGGAAAACCAAAUUUGAUACAAAUCUCUUUGACUUCACUGCCAUUUUGCAGAUGUUCUUCCUCGUAGCAAUUUAAAACACAAACAAAAGUGCAAAGAUUAGGAAAUGCAGUGAUACAAAGAGCAGUAAUUCUCUAUAGGGGAAAAAAUUCAGUUCCAAAGAAUACAGCAAAUGCAACAAGUGCACUCUGUAGCAUGCCAUAUUAAACAUGAAACUGAAGUUACUGUUAAGUAUAAAACUACCCUAAUGUGCAUAAAGCUGUAUUAAAUAUACAGUACUGGUGUUUAACUGUGUAUCAGGAUUAGGGGAACUUUAUUGCAGUGCAAAAUUGGAGUUGGGUAUCAGCUGAUUCGUAGCAGGUCUGCUAAUCUAGAAUGAUGUUUUAGUGGUUGGUAACUGCAACUACAACUGCACUCUCUUAUUAAAAUGAUGCUGUGAGCAGCUGUGGGUUCUAUAGCACUCAAGAUAAAAUCCACAAUAAUGACAUCACAAGUCACUCUAUGUGCUAAAUGUUCCAGCUACCAAGGUACCAAACUUUCUCGAUCUACCCAAGUACAAUUGUGAUUCAGAAACAACAUGAAGAAGUUGUUUGUAUGGCCAUUUAAUGAUCAUUUUCAUUAGAUGGGGGCAGGGGUUGGGAAUUAGCUUUUGACAAUGAACACUUAAUACAGCGUAUCUGAUACUUGGUUUUAACAUUGCAACAAUGUUUUUCAAUGUUCUUAACUAAUAAACACUGGCUUACCAGUGUAACCACAA